ACACACAUUUCUGCACACUCAACUCCUUUAUCAGAGCCCUUCUGCACUAAGAUUUGGUUGAACUUGGAGAUGGAUUAUUCCGAGUCUACAAAGAUGGUUUUUCAGAGGAUUCAGAAGCUAGAACCUGAAAAUGUGUCCAAGAUUAUCGGCUAUCUCCUGUUAAAAGAUUUCGGUGAGCUUGAAAUGCUAAGGUUGGCCUUCAGCCCAGAAUACAUAAUCCAGUCCUUGAUCCAAAAAGUUAAGCAAGAACUCAGCUUAACUCCCAAACCGAGCUUGUCUGCUCUUGUUUCAGCUCCACAACCGAAACGCUCUUUAGGCUCCAAUCUUCCUACAAAGUUCACUCCUUUUGUACCAGCUUCGUCUCGUUCUACUUGGCCGCCUGCAGCUCUUCCAGCUGAAAACAGCCAAUUGAUGUCUCAAGUCCCUAUUGGCCAGUCUGUAAUUCAAAACUUGCAAUACUGGCCGGUGGCUUAUUCGAAUUCAGCAGCUGGAGGAUCCAGUCUCGGGAAUCAAGCUCAGUUCUUGUCUUUGGAAGAUCAGUUGGGAUCAUCUUGUAGCUUGGCUGGUUCAGAUUUCCAUGCACAGAACUACUGCAUGGAACUGGCAAAGCAUCAGGUAGUCAAUCAAAAGUCUUCGAGCUCAGCUGAUGUCUGUCCACACUUACCUGAAUCAUCAAUGCAGAUCUGUGAUAACUUUAGGCAGGGAUAUUGCAAGUACGGUGGCAACUGUAAGUACCUGCAUGUACUCCAAAUGGACAAUGGUUACUGCAUGGUUCUUAAUCCCCCAACUUCAGAUCAAUCGGUGAAUGGAUCUGUUAAGCAGCUCGAGAGGGAACUGAUUGAACUUUUGAAAUGUAGAAGAGGAAUUCCUGUUUCGAUCUCUUCGCUGCCGAUUCUGUACUAUGAUAAAUACGGGAAGGUACUUCAGGCGGAGGGGUAUUUCACAGAGGCUCAUAGUAAAGGAAAAGUAGGUUGUCUCCUCACUCAACUUCUUGCUCAAAUGACAAGCUGCAUUCGACUGAUUGACAGACCACAUGGGCAGCAAUCUAUUAUUUUGGGAGAAGAUAUUCCUAAGUACCUGAAAUUCAUCGCAGAAAGACAGGAACAAGAGUCAGGUGGAGUUGGAACGUGCCAAGUUUAUCUGACUUUCCCUCCGCUGAGCAUAUUUAGUGAGCAAGAUGUCGACGACUAUUUCAGCAAUUACGGGCCUGUCCGAGAAGUUAGGAUCCCUAGCCAAGAGAAGAGGAUGUAUGGAUUCGUGACUUUUGCUUACCCGGAGACAGCCGCCCUCGUCCUGACAAAAACGAAUCCUCACUUUAUUGCUGGCGCACAAGUACUGGUGAAGCCUUAUCGUCAUAAACCACUGGUCAUUGAGAGAAAGACGGAGGAGAAAGCCCCGCAUCCAAUUCCGAACGUUCCAUACUUUCCAGAUGCAGAAUCCAAGAGCCCUCCAACACCAAAACCGUGCCAAAACAAAACGUCGCCAAAGCAGCAGCUAAUUGAAGAAAAAGAACAGUUGGUAGAACUCGAGAGGAAGCAUGUUUUGGAGACAGAAGCUACUACUUCUUCGAGCCAUAAUCAUGCCUCGAUCAUCAAGAAUCCGAGCCCUCCAAAAGAACAAUAUGAGCUUCAACUUGAUUCUCUGGAAGAUUUUCCACACAUUGGUUACACCGGCAAAGGGAAAGUACAUGACAUCAAGACAAGCAACAAAAACCAGCAAAGUUCUGAAGAGCUAAAUCUUCCAGACAGCCCGUUCGGGGAUUAAUUUGCAUAUGGCAUUUCACCAACCAUAUAGAUCAUAAACAGCAAAGGGAUUAGAGUGCUGAAUGCUGAACUCUGAUGCUGAUGCUGUUUCGGUGGUCUGUGUUUGUAUACUACGAGUCACUCAAAUAUUGUGCGGAAGUACGGCGAUCCCACACAAGAAAGAGUGACACUUAAAUUGUAAGAAUAUUUUGUGUGUGUAAGAUUAGAUUUCAAUUCAUGUAUUGGGAAUAAGCCGAAACUGAAUAAGACAACCUUAGAUAGAACCUGCAUGUUCUUGUACUGGGAAAAACACUUCUUGUGUGGGCACAAGAAGAGAACCUUGAGUACAUAUAUGUGUUCUGAUAAUUUAAUGAUGUUGUAACUACUAUGUUGUCAAUAUGGAUGUGUUUUUGUAGCAUCUAUUGAUCGUUUUUUCAGCUGACGAUAAUUAUCUCAUCAGGAUCAGGGUUUGAGAAAUUGUAUAG